GAGAACGGCCAUGGCGGAGGAGGCGGCGGGCUCUGAGGCGUCCUUCUGCCUGCAGAAUGACUCUAAAGAUGAUUAUCAGUAUGAAGAGGUUCCAGCAGAUGAUGAAUUUAGUCUUCAGGAAGAUGAGGAGGAUCUGACAAAGGCUUUGCAGACUGUUCAAGAGCAGGCUGAAGAUGCCCAAAUUUUAGCUUUGCAGCCUGUUCUGACUUCUGAGAAAUCAGUGUCUGAAAUACCUGAAACGAUGGAUGACUUCUUCUGCAAUUUCCUGGUCAGAUUGGGAAUGUCCAGAACCCUCGACUGCUUCCAAACAGAAUGGUAUGAAUUCAUACAGAGAGGUGUGUUCACACCCAAAGAUACUGGAUUGGUUCCAACUGUGUAUACCUGCAACCAGCAACUUGAGGCUGAGAAUAUGCGUCUGAGGAAAGAUUUGGAAAACUACAAACUUGCUGCAAACAAAGCAAAAGAGGCUUUCCUAAAAAUGCAGAAAGAACGUGACUUCCAUCGAAUGCAUCACAAGCGAGUGGUCCAGGAGAAAAACAGGCUGCUUUGUGACAUUAAAAGGCUGAAGGCACAUUAUGCAUCGUAUGAACCAGUGCUGAAGCAGUUGACUGAAAAAUACCAGACUACACUGAGACAGAAAAUGUUAACUAGUUUGGAGAGAGACAGAGCAGUUGGGCAGGUCACAGGUUUGCAAGCCACAUUACAAAAUUUAGAGUCGGGACGUGCUAUUCAGAUUCCUGUGACAAAAGCAGGCCACGAAUGUCAAAGAAAGAAAGGGUUGGAAGGUCCCACCCAGAAGGCUCUUCAGGCAACCAGGCAGCAAAAAAUCCUUGAUGGUGAAAGCUCUUCAUAUGAUCCAGUCAAAGACGCAAAGAAGGUAGGCAAGAGAUACCCAAAGAAUUAAUAAUUGUAUUUGUCUCUCCUGGACUCGGAAUUCCCUGUUGAUACCCAAGUGGACCCCUACCUUGUGCAUGCUAAAGAAAAUCCUCAACCCCUGAAAUCUGGGAAGUAUAAACUGAGCAACAUUUUGAAAGUGCGUGACUUAGCAGUGAGCUGUUUGCUUUGCAUCCCCCCAAAAGACAUUGUAGUUACUGGCAGUGAUGACCCAAUGAAAAUGUGGGCUUUACCUGAUGGGAACAUCAUUGUGACAGGUGAAGGUCACACUGAUUGGCUUUUGGGCUGCUGCUUCCAUGCAAGUGGAACCCAGCUGGUCACUUCAAGUGGGGAUACAACAGUGCGAAUAUGGGACUUUUCAAAAUGUGGUUGGAUUCUGACUUCCGAAGGAUGUGGCCACGCUGUGUGGGACUGCUCAUGGCGUUCAUGUAGUGAUUUUGUGGCUUCUGCCUCCAUGGACAAGACAAGUGAAAUAUGGGAUGUUAACAGUGAGAGAUGCAGAUAUACGAUGUGUGUCCAUAAAGAUUCAGUCAAUAGCAUUGAGUUUCUUCCAUUCUCCAACACUGUUCUCACUAGCUCUGCUGACAAGGCUUUAUCUCUCUGAACGGUAAGCAUGGGUCUCCGUGUUUAGACAUUCUGUGGUCACCUGCAUUCCUGUAAGCAGGCUGCAUUCAACAUGAAGGGUGAUACGAUUGCUUCCUGUGACUCCUCCAGAGGGAUGAAGCUCUGGGACAUUCGGAAGUUGGUCCCUAUUUUAUCGGUAGAUGCAGGGCCCCAUCUUGCCAACCAGGUCAUCUUUAAUCGCUCUGGGGGGGUUCCGUGGCUCUGGCGAGCAGCGAUGGACGCGUUACGGUUCUGCACCUUGGAGCGUGGGCAGCUCUCCAGCCGGCGGGGCCACGGCCGCAAAGGGCACGGCGUCUUCUCCCAUCCCCAGGCAGAGCAGCUGCUUCCCGGGAAUGCCGAAGGUAGGGUUUGUCUCUGGAGCCCAGGACCAGCACGCUGCUUACCGUAACCUUCCUCUCAAGGCAUUGUGGAAAAAAAAUACGGUUUGACACCACAGCAGCGAGGGCUUAGUGAAGUGUUUUCAUAGUUAAUGUUUGCAGUGGGAAUAAUCGCCCGAAUGAAGUAUUAUUCUGCAUUUUAUCCGUCUAAAAAUCCCCAGUUUCUCCCUCUUUUCUGUUGACACUGUGUUUUUCCCCCAACAUCCAGAAUCUCUUUCUGGAGAAACAGCUUUACGAUGACGCCUAAUGACAGAGCAGCCGAAUUGCAGGGAGAUCGAUUUCUCGUGUAAGGCAGCCCGAGACGCGGGAGCCGGGCGCCCCUUCCCGCCGCCCGCCCGGGGGGAGGAUGCCCGCUGUCAGUCCCGCGCCGCUGGGGGGUCUCUCCCCGGCGGCGGCGGCGGCCGCGGGGCGGGGGCCGUGAGCGGGGCUGAGGGGGGGGGGGGGGCGCGGCGCUGGGGGCGCCCGGCGGCAGCGCGGACCCCGCGGAACCCCCGCGCCGCUCCGCGCCAUGGCACGCCCGCGCUGAGGCCCGCCGGGCGCUCCGACGCGGAAUUCGUUAUUUGUAUUUUUUUUUCCCCCCCUUCCCUCUUUUUUUUUUUUUC